UAGUGGAAAACUCCUUUCGAGGCGUUGAAAAUCGCUAAGAAAAUGGAGGAAAAACGCGAAGAAUUAUGCUUGAAGCGAAUCUGUCGGUUCUGCAUGACCCAGGAAGAACCAUUGACAAACAUAUUUGAAAAGGAUUCGCCCGCAGAAAAUAACGCGGUGCCGUUGCCUUUACAGAUUAUGGCUUGUGUUUCUGUUGAGGUCUUUUAUAAUGAUGGAAUGCCUAGGACUAUAUGCAGCCCAUGCAGAAUAUUGAUGGAUAGAUCUUAUCGAUUCAAACAAAUUUGCAAACAGAGUGAUAGCGCUUUGAGGCAAUAUCCAAACACUGGGGUUUGGCCUGAACCAAUAAGUUUGCCAGAUGAUAUUUUUGAGACAAUACAGGUGCAAAAUCGAAAACGUGGUAUUGAUGAGGUGGAAGAGGAUUCCAAUGAGACUGCAGAGGAGAAUCCUCCUUCGCCAAAGCAAGUCAAAACCUAUGUUGAGCUCAAACCAGUGACAAGGAAUAGAAAUAGGACUGAAAACAAAGCAACUAAGAAUGAUGAAAAUAAACCAAAAAUUUUGAAUCUGCAAGCUGGAACUACUACUACUGAAGUAUCCAAAGUUUUAAAGAUUGAACGCAGAAGUACAUUGAACGAUGGAAAUACAGAACAAUAUGUGCUUAAGGAAGAUUUCUAUGACUAUGAUGAUAGACCAGCUCUCAGCGAUGAUAAUCCCAACAAGCCAACAGUUUGUGUUGAAACUGAUGUCUUUCCUUGUGACCAUUGCGAUAGAAGUUUUCCUCUUCAACAAUUAUUGGACAUCCACAUGCGCCGUCAUACCAGAGAAAGAAAAUAUCAUUGUGAUCAGUGCUCAAAGAGUUUCUUCAGUAAAUAUGAUUUGGCAAAACAUGCCAAUGUACAUAGUGGUGAGAAGCCUUUUACUUGUGUUGAAUGUGGGAAGGCAUUUGCAAGAGCUACGCUCUUACAUAGGUAA